AAUCGUAUCGUUGUCUCACUCGACUAGUCUUGACUAGUGGUUUGAAAAUUUAGUUGGCAUUUUCGCGCGUGUUUAAUCGACAUAAGCUGACAUCUUAACUGGGUAAUUUUGGUUCAACUGCACAACGAGCACGACAUAAAUAGCCACAAUGUUUAAAAGUCAUUUAGAAAUGAUUGGCAGAAACGAGACGCCAUCAAAGAAAGCCAGAUUUUGGCAAUCUUUUGUGCGAUCUCUUAAAGGAUCGGAAGACAUCAGAGCCGAGGAGAGGUACAGGCCAACACGUCGCAGCGUGUUCCCUGAGGUGCUGUCGACAUAUCCAUACUCUAAAUCCAUCUAUGACGACCCCGUCGCUGCCGCUGAAAGGAUCACUGUCCCAGGAUACCGUUACUUGCCAGUGCACCGUGAAGUCUACGGUUACUCCCCUCGUCCCAUCUACGCUCACAACUACGCGCGCUCUCUCGAUCGGUACAGGCCAGUAUACCAUGUACCGAGACGUGUACGACGGGGAGUGGAUCCCUUUGACGCACACAAGGCCUGGCAGGAUCAUCUGGACAGACUAGCCGCUAUUGACAGACUUUACCCGUCUCGCUAUGGGCUCUAUCUGAAGGACCGGGCGUACCCUAUCACCGACCUCAACGCUCCCAUCAUAGAUCGCCUCCAGCCCAAGAGCCUAAAAGGCAUCGAAUAUGAACCGGACAAUAAACCAAACUGGGGAACAGGAGCGUGGCCGGCGAGGAUAUCGGACGUGUUCAAAAAGGACCCAUUUUUCGCGGAAGCCGAAAAAUGGGCAGAUUUUGACCGCUCUCUCCGAGGGAAGUCUCCAACACCGGUGAAGCCGAGAAUUAGCCCGCCUCGCGACUGCGAGGUGGCUUUUGAUGCCGACGGUGCUCCGCUGUGGAACGCCGCGGGACAGGGACGCCGGCCUUGGGCUGAUAUAUUCAACCCGAGCCCAUCCCUACCUAUAUCGGCGAUUACUCGGGACCCCUUCUGGUACGACUGGCCGGAGCUGAAGCCCCUUGCGAGAUGGGACCGCAGCCCAUCCUACAUUCGUGACUCGUACCUGUCUCCGGUCAAACGCACCUUCCUCUGGGACAAGCAUCCGAUCAGGCCUUUAGCCGCUGCUUUCUAAGGACGCAGACUUCGAAAUCACUUUAUAUUAAGUUAUGUACAAUAUUACUCCUAAUUUAUUAUUUAUAAAUUUAUAUCUCUCUGUCGAAACACUGACUAUGUUAAAGAUUACAUUAAUUAAUAAACUGAUGAAGAAAAUUAUUAAUAUUAUUAACUUCGGAUAUUUCUGAUCCUUUUCAUGCAAGAUCUCAAAGACUGCAAUAACAUAGUCACUGCCAUGGUAAUUAAACACUCUUGUUAUACAUUAUAUAAACUUUGUUAUUAUUAAAAAUAUUUUUAUGUAUUACAAAACUAAAAAAAAAUCAAUAAAACUUUUUAUAAAACUAA